GUUUUUGUUUUGAUCAGGAUCAGUUUUGACAGCAAAUUGAUUUUAUUCUUUGAUUAUUGUGAUUUUAUUCAUAUUUUAUUCUGUUUAUUGAUAAGUUAUUUGUGUGAACUAUGAAUUUACUUGUUCCUAGCUAUUUAUUUUAUGGUUAUUUCUAUAUAUGAUGAUUUGCUUCAAAGCUAAGUACUUGUUCUAAAAACUAAAUAACAUCUAGUUUAAAAGCAGUACUAGUUAAAAAAUGCAGUAAUUAACCCAUCAACAUGAGUCUGAGAAGCCAGAUGAGAUAUCUGAAUCCCUAUGAAAUCCAUAAAGUAAUUGUAAAUGACUAUAUUUUAAAGAAACCCGGUGAUACUAGAUCAUUAAAAAGGGACUGUUCAAAGGACAGAACCGACUAUCAUGUUAUUAAGGAUAAUCAUAAGUUUUUAUGGACUGAUAAUGACAAGCCAGAGAGCUGGGAAGAAGAAUUUGCUAAAAAAUAUUAUGAGAAACUCUUUAAGGAAUAUUGUAUAGCGGAUUUAAGUUUUUAUAAGGCAAACAAGAUUGCAUUACGUUGGAGAGUAGAACAAGAAGUUGUAGUAGGCAAAGGACAAUUUAUUUGUGGGAAUAAGCACUGUUCUGAGAAAGAAAACUUAAGAACAUGGGAAGUAAAUUUUGCUUAUAAAGAAAAUGACGAGAAGAAAAAUGCUCUAAUUAAAUUACGCCUUUGUCCAUCUUGUUCAACUAAAUUGAACUACCACAGUAAAAAGAGAGAAAUUAAGAGAAUUAAACAUAAGUUGAAACAUAAAAAAGAUGAACUACUCAAAAGUACACUUAACAAGAAGAAAUCUGCCAAUGAUGAGGAAAAAUCAACAGUAGAGUUAGGUGUUUUACCAAGUGCUUCAACUAGUACUGAAAAUACUCGUAUGGAUUUAAAGGAUGAUGAUACUUGGGCACAAAAGAAAGUUAUCGAAGUGAAGUCUCGUGAAGACGAAAUGCAAGAAUAUUUAGAUGAUUUAUUGUUAUAAUUUUUAACGUUUUGUUACAAAUUAAACUUUUGUACAUAGGAA